AUGUACGAGCACAUGCAUCCUGGUCUCAGGUCUCAGGUUCGGCCUCGUGCAGAAUCGGCUUUUCGUAGAUUCAAGCGGCGGCUGUUGGCGUCUGCGGCUCCUGUGAACACUAACGCCCAGAGCAGGUAUCUGGAGGAGUUGGGAUACACAGACGUCCUGGAGGUCAAGUCCAACAGAGUCCGAGUCCUUCUGGGUCUUAGUCCGGACCAGGAGCCCAAGACCAGUCAGGACCCUCUGGACCCUCUGCGCUGUGUGGAGUCUGUGAUGGAGACCUUCAGGAUCAUAGAGAGAGCUGCGGCUCAGUUCAACCAGGACCAAGACCAGAACCGGGACCAGGACCAGGACCAGAACCAAGAUCUGGACCGAGACGUAGACCGGGAUCUAGACCAGGACGAGGACCCGACCACAGCUGACCUGAUGGUGCGGCGUCACUCGACCGUCUCCUCCUCUUCUUCUUCUUCUUCUUCUUCUUCUUCUCUGAGCGAGGACGCAGACACCGAGGAGGCUCUGAGGGGCUUCGACUUCCUGUGCAGCGCAGACGAGAGCGCCCCCUGUGAUGUGGGCGGGGCCUGGGACCAGAGCGUCAUCGAGGAACUGAAAGAGCAGUACAAGAGAGAAAGGAGGGGCAAGAAGGGCGUCAAACGUCCAAACCGUUCCAAACUUCAGGACAUGUUGUCAAACCUGCGCGAGGCCGAGGACCUGCCCCCUGGACCUCCCUGUGGACCUCCCUGCGGACCCCCCCGCUCCGGCCGCUUCGCCGACCAGGACGCGGGCCGACCGGACGACGAGCCGGUGUUCGUGGCGUCCCAGGGGAAGUCCUUCCUCCUGGGGCCGGUGGACGAGGCCGUGUCCCUGGACCUGGGUCUGGGGGAACUGGCCGGACUCACGGUGGCCAACGAGUCCGAGGGACCCGUGUACGACGUCUCGGUGGGCUCUGUGGACUCUGGGAGGAGGACCUGGUCUCAGAGGUUCAGUUUGAGGAGCCACCUGGACUCGGUUCGGUCUCUGGUCUUUCACCCGACGGAGCCGCUGCUGCUGACGGCGUCUGAGGACCACACGCUCAAACUCUGGAACCUGCACAAGACCAGCGCCAACAAGAAAUGUGCUGCUUUAGACGUGGAGCCCAUCUACACCUACAGAGCUCACAGUGCUCCGGUCUUGUCCGUGGUCAUGAGUUCUUCUGGGGAGCAGUGCUUCAGUGGAGGAGCCGACGGCGCCAUCUACAGCUGGAACACGCCCAGCGCCGCCACCGACCCCUACGACCCCUACGAGCCCGGCGUCCUGCGGGGGGCGCUCUGCGGACACUCGGACGCCGUGUGGGGCGUGGCCUAUAGCUCCGCCCACCAGCGCCUCGUUUCCUGUUCGGCCGACGGGACGCUGAGGGUUUGGGACGCGGCCGAGACUCUGCCGGCGCUCACCGUCAUCAGGACAGAUGUGGAGGUUCCCUCGUCUCUGGCCCUCGUUCCCUCUGAUCCGGCCCUGAUCGUUUGCUCCUUCACCUCUGGAUCCAUCGGCCUCUUCAACCUGGAGACGCAACAGCAAAUCCUGAGUCUGGAGACCGAGUCUGGACCAGAGACCGAACCAGAGACCAGAGUGAACCAGGUCUUAAGUCACCCGUCUCUGCCCCUGACCAUCAGCGCAGGAGAAGACCGACACAUCCGCUUCUACGACAACAAUUUUUGUGCAGGUAAACUGGUUCACUCUAUGGUCGCUCACCUGGACUCAGUCACCUGCCUCUGUGUGGACCCCAACGGACUCCACCUGCUGUCCGGGAGUCACGACUGCUCGGUGCGUCUCUGGAGUCUGGAUUCUCGGACGUGUGUUCAGGAGUUCACCGCUCACCGGCGAAAGUUCAACGAGUCGAUUCACGCCGUCGCCUUCCACCGCACGCUGGGCUACAUGAGCAGCGGCGGCGCCGACGGGCUCGCCAAGGUCUACGUGUGA